CUAUUUUUGUUGUUGCGAUGAUACAAUAAUCUUUCUAGGGAAUGGGCUAGAUAAGUUUUGACCAGACGAUCAGCGUACUUUGCACACACAGGCGUGUUUCCAAAACCAUAAUCAAAAUAUAUAUAGGCGCGAAAGCAGGAACACAUACAUAUGUACAUAUGUAUAUACAAAAUGGUCGAAAUCGCUUAAAUUUACCGGGUACGGACGAAAUUCGAUUAAUUGCAUUGCGACGGCCAACAGAAUUGGAGCAAGCAGAGCAAACAUUUUAAAAAUAUUUGGAUUUAUUUUUUCGAACAAAAUAAUACGAAAAAAGUGGAAUCCACUUAUAGACUUGUCUAUAAUUAAAAAUGGAAGUGCACGUUGGAUUUCCGAAGCUGCUGCAGAUGGGCGCCAAAUUCGUCGGCCAUAAGGUACAGCAAUAUCGCUUGUCUACUAGUAAUACAGUCAUUGUGGAAACAAAAUACGGUCGUGUGCGAGGCCUCCAGCGAAAGACCAUCUAUGAUGGAGAGCUUUAUUACGCCUUCGAGGGGAUCCCCUACGCCAAGCCACCGCUGGGUGACUUGCGUUUUCGCGCACCGCAACCACCGGAGUCUUGGGAGGGAGUCCGCAACUGCACCACGUACAAUGAGAAGCCAUUACAACGGAACAUGAUAAUGGGCCUGAUGGAGGGCUCGGAGGAUUGCCUGUAUCUUAAUGUAUACGCGAAGAGCAUGGAGUCCGCAAAGCCGCUGCCCGUCAUGGUUUGGAUCUAUGGCGGUGGCUUUCAAAAGGGCGAAGCUUCUAGAGAUCUCUACAGUCCCGACUAUUUCAUGAAACAGCCGGUUAUUCUUGUGACCAUUAAUUAUCGUCUUGGCGCUCUGGGUUUCCUCAGCCUGAAAGAUCCGAAACUGGAUGUGCCGGGCAACGCUGGCCUUAAGGAUCAGGUGCAGGCAUUGCGAUGGAUCAGCCAGAAUAUAGGACACUUCAACGGCGAUCCCAACAACAUAACACUGUUCGGCGAGAGUGCUGGUGCUGCUUCUACGCACAUUAUGAUGACCACCGAACAAACGCGAGGUCUUUUCCAUAAGGCCAUAUUGCAAUCGGGCUGUGCAUUGUCUGCCUGGGCAGAUACACCAGAUCGCAACUGGGCCUAUCGUCUGGCCCAGCAGAUGGGAUACAAGGGCAGCCAGGCGGAUGCAGAUGUGCUGCAGUAUCUAAGCAAGGCAUCUGCACGGCAAAUUGCUUCUGUUGAUCAGGAUGUCGUCACGCAGGAUGAGAUGCGUAGCUUUUAUCUGUUCGCCUUUGGGCCUGUCGUGGAGCCAUAUGAGACUUCACAUUGUGUGGUGCCAAAGCCACACAAAGAUAUGCUGACCAGUGCCUGGGGCAACAGAAUUCCUGUUAUCGUAGGCGGCAACUCUUUUGAGGGUCUGUUCUCUUAUCAGCUCGUGCGCAACGAUCCGUGGGUCAUGACUCACUUUGAUAACAUAAUACCGAAUGAAGUGAGCGAAGCUUGCACACCGGAGCAACUGCAGCAGCUAGUGCGUCGGCUGAAGCAGGUAUACUUUGGAGAUGAGCAGCGGGAACGCAUGGAGCUGCUUGAAGCCCUUUAUAUAUUCUCGCACAGACAAAUCUGGCAUGACCUUCAUCGAAUGGUGAUGGCAAGACUCAGCUAUGCGCCAUCAGCAACGUAUUUGUACCGCUUUGACUUCGAUUCUUCGCACUUCAAUCAGUUUCGAUGGCUCGUCUGUGGCAAUCGGGUGCGAGGGGUUUCCCAUGCUGACGAGCUCUCCUAUCUAUUCUAUAAUGUGCUGGCCACUAAACUGAACAAAUCGUCAGAAGAAUAUAUCACAAUCGAGCGAAUGGUGGCCAUGUGGACGGCUUUUGCUGCCAAUAGUGAUCCCAAUUGCUAUGUCACAGAUUCGGCCAAGUGGUCUAAAGUGGAUCCAACUUCGAAUGGAGCUCACAAUUGCUACAAUAUCAGCAAUGAUAUGGAAAUGAUGGCACUGCCUGAGGCCAAAGCGUUAGCGGUCUGGGAUACUUUCUAUGAACGAGAGUCCCUUUACUAACCAUAAAUAUAUUCCAAUACCGAUGGUCGAAUCUCAAUUCCAAUACUUUGUAGAACGUAAAUUCUUUGUAUAUUAAAACUAUGUACAUAUGUACAUAUGUCUAAAUGUAUAUCUA